AUGCCAGCCGAAGAACACUCUCAGGAUCCUUCCUCAUCAUCUGUUGCUUCUUCCGCUCAUGGAGAAUGGACUUCACGUCAUCGCCAGGGAUCUAUCUCAAGUACCCCACGCCCGGUCCGCGAAACAAGUCCACGUAGUCCGGGAAUUGGGAUGAUGCCUAGAACGAGCUCUGUGAGCAUCUUUUCUGGUGCUACAGAUACGCCAUCUUCCCCUAAUCUAGACCCUAGAAACUCUACCCUUAACCCUAAAGUUGCGGAUCGUGUGUUUCCCGUCCGUUCGGUCGUCUCCGUCGAUCCUACAGCGACGCCAACGCCACGGGGGGAAGGGGAAGGUGGAGAUGGCUUUCCGGACAUGAGUUUCAAUGGUGGCAUUGAGUCUAGGAGACAGAGUAUACGACAAGACACACUCGCGGGUAGCACAUCACAAGGUCAAUACGCGCAAUCUCCAGAGGCUCAAACACCUGCCAGACGUCAUAGUCCCAGUGCUUUGUCACUGUCCGCCAUGUCAGAAGACCGGUGCAGACGCCGCUCUUCAGACACGACUGCUGCAAGUAGUGCUAAAGGCACCACCCAUCAAGAGAUUAGCAACCUGAUUGCAGACGACGCUUCUGUAAGAUCAGAGAGGGCAUCGGUCACUGAAGCGGGCUUUUCCACGUCAAGCAGGCCGUCAAGCAGGCCGGAGUCGGUGCGAAGCGUACCUAAUGAAGCCCAUGUAACAGCUCGUUUCAAACAUGUCGUUAUGGAUGGUGGUCAUGCAGUUAUCACAGGCAGGGAUGGGGACACCCUACAGAGAUGUGAGGACGAGCCAAUCCACAUUCCAGGCGCGAUUCAAGGCUUUGGUCUUCUUAUAGCUCUGAGAGAAGAGGCUGGCAAACUUGUCGUUCGAGUGGUUAGUGAAAAUUCUGCCAAAAUCAUUGGCUACACUCCUGGACAAUUAUUUCAACUUCCGAACUUCCUGGACCUCUUCACAGAGGAGCAAGCUGAUAAUCUACUGGAUCAUUUGGAUUUCAUCCGCGAUGAAUCCGCGACUGACCCCGCUAUCAAUGGCCCCGAAGUCUUCAUGCUUUCCAUUCGAGCUCCGAGAAAGAAGACACGGAAGCUAUGGUGCGCAAUGCAUAUAAAUGAGUCAAACAAGGACCUCGUAAUCUGCGAAUUCGAACUCGAGGAUGAUACCCAGAACCCGUUGGUACCGGUUGAGGAGGAUGGUAUUUCUAACGUCCCUGAGAACACGUUGGGUAGCGAUCCUACCCCAGAAGAAAUUGCAGAGAGCACCAAAAAUGUCAGCAAACCACUGCGUGUGCUUAGGAGCGCCCGGAAAAAGAGGGGUGAGGCAGCUGCAAUGGAAGUUUUCAAUAUAAUGACACAAGUUCAAGAGCAGCUUGCCAAUGCCCCUUCGUUAGAAAAUUUUUUGAAGGUCCUGAUUGGAGUCGUAAAGGAACUGACCGGCUUUCACCGUGUCAUGAUCUAUCAAUUCGAUCACAGUUUCAAUGGCCGCGUCGUGUCCGAAUUGGUAGAUCCAAGAGCGACCAAGGACUUGUAUAUGGGUCUUAACUUCCCGGCAUCUGACAUUCCGAAACAAGCAAGAGAUCUCUAUCGCAUCAACAAGGUGCGACUAAUGUACGAUCGGGACCAGGAGACUGCCAGGCUGGUUUGUAGGACCAUGGAAGAUCUUGAGAAGCCCCUCGACAUGACCUUCACUUAUCUACGGGCCAUGUCUCCUAUUCAUGUCAAAUACCUCAGUAACAUGGCAGUCAGGUCGUCCAUGUCCAUAUCAAUCAAUGCGUUCGGUGAACUCUGGGGACUCAUUGCUUGCCAUUCGUACGGUCAAAAAGGCAUGAGAGUUUCGUUCCCCAUUCGCAAAAUGUGCCGGCUUGUUGGAGACAUCGCAUCGAGAAAUAUCGAACGGAUCUCAUACGCAUCCAGAUUACAUGCUCGAAAACUGAUCAACACAGCAUCCACCACAGCUAAUCCUUCUGGGUACAUCGUUGCCUCGUCGGAGGACCUCUUGAAUCUGUUCACUGCCGACUGUGGAGCACUCUCGAUUCGUGAUGAGACAAAGCUACUUGGCAAAACCGAGGGUCACUUGCAGGAGAUACUAGCAAUGCUGGAGUUCCUUCGUCUACGAAAGAUAGGCUCUGUGUUCACCUCAACUGAUAUUUCCACGGAUUUCCCAGAUGUCCGAUAUGCACCGGGAUUUCAGUACAUUGCGGGCCUUCUGUUUGUACCCCUCUCCAGUACCGGUAGCGAUUUCAUUGUGUUUUUCCGGAAAAGCACGUCGAAGAAAGUCAAAUGGGCUGGUAAUCCGUACGAGAAGUUCGUCAAAGAAGGGACUGAGGGCUAUCUUGAGCCUAGAAAGAGCUUCAAGACGUGGACUGAAAUCAUCCUUGGAAAAUGCAGAGACUGGUCGGAGCAAGAGGUCGAGACGGCAGCUGUUCUUUGUCUUGUUUAUGGGAAAUUCAUCGAGGUGUGGCGACAGAAAGAAGCAGCUUUGCAAAACAGCUUGUUACAGAAACUCCUCCUUUCCAAUUCCGCACAUGAAGUUCGCACACCACUCAAUGCAAUCAUCAACUAUCUGGAGAUUGCUCUUGAAGGAAACAUCGAUCGGGAGACAAGGGAUAAUCUAUCAAAGUCACAUUCGGCUUCAAAAUCCCUUGUCUAUGUGAUCAAUGAUCUUCUGGACCUAACCAAGACCGAAGAAGGCCAGGACCUUAUUAAAGAGGAGGCCUUUGAUUUUCACGUUAUGCUGCAGGAGGCAACCGAACCUUUUCGGGGAGAUGCUCAACGCAAGGGUAUCGAAUAUCAAGUCAGCUGGGGCGAUGAUAUUCCUCAACGCCUGGUGGGAGACCCUCGCCGGGUACGUCAGGUUGUGUCCAAUAUCAUCGCCAAUGCCAUUCAAAACACCUCCACUGGCUUCGUCAAGGUUGCCGUGGGCAAAUCGCCCAAGCAGCCAAGCCCUGACAAAGUUGAGAUUGAGUUUGCCGUCGAGGAUUCCGGUGCUGGGAUGCCACAAGACAAGGUUGAUGCACUCUUCCGGGAGCUCGAGCAAGUGUCAUAUGAAAAUGAAGAGUUAGGUUCUACCGUUCUAGAACAGAACGGCAUCUCCACGUCUCCUACUACAGGUGCUGGCAAAGCUACCUUGGGUCUGGGAUUGGCAGUGGUUGCUAGAGCCAUCCGAAACAUGAAUGGUCAACUGCGGCUAAAGACCGAAGCAGGCACAGGAUCACGAUUCAUCAUUCAGCUUGUAAUGGGCGUGCCUGGUGAGGCAAUCGACGGGGGUCAAUUAGAAGGCUCUAGACUGAGGAAUCUCGGGUCUUCGCCAGAUCAAGGAGCCGAUUUACCUGCCAACCCAAGGGACGCUGCAUGGCCUGUUAGCAGAAACACAAAGAAACGAGUACAGACACUGCCGAUGUCACGAAGAACCAGUCAGGAGAGUGUAACCAGCGUCAAUAGUAAAGCCAGCUUGCAAAGCAUGAAAAGUGGCAAUAGCAUCAGGAGCACGAAAAGUGAUGUGGACCGUCUUAUAGAUGAUAUACAGCGGCCGCAUCUCGUUCCGGAGACAGAGACACCUGAUAGGAACCGAAGCCCAGGAUCGAGGCCAAGAAAGCUCAACAGGUCGUGUAGUACUGGUGAUGAGCCAUCAAGCCUAGUUGGUACUAGGGUUGGGAGAUCAGCUAGUCUACAGGUUCCAGGCGAGGAGAAGAUUACAGAUUCCCGAACGCCUCUCAAAGCCAUACGUGUAUUGGAGGAUGAUGUGGGCAAGCCCAGAGAAGCACCCCCCAAAUCUGCCUCGAGGGUUGCUUUCGAGCUUCCUGAACCUCCAAAAACAAUUGUUGCGCCCCUCGACGCGGAGAAAAUGUCCGUUCUCGUUGCAGAGGACGAUCCAGUCAACAGCAAGAUCAUCAAGAAAAGGUUGGAGAAACUGGGACACGUUGUCCAUCUUACAGUUAAUGGCGAAGAGUGCUCCAGUGCUCUAGGAGAUCGUCCGUCCUUCUAUGAUGUUGUUUUGAUGGAUCUUCAGAUGCCGAUAGCAGAUGGCUUCACCUCCACCAAGAUGAUAAGAUCGUUCGAGAAGACACAUGGAAACGCCUGCUUGUCUGCCCGCGCCCAAGUUAACGGCCGGAUCCCAAUCUUCGCUGUCUCUGCAUCCUUACUUGAAAAAGACCGAGAAAUUUACGUGAACAUCGGAUUUGAUGGUUGGAUCCUCAAGCCAGUCAAUUUUCAACGAGUAGACAGCCUGCUGAGAGGGAUAGUCGACGAGAAAACCCGUAAUGAUUGCUUGUUCGAGACGGGUCAAUGGGAACGUGGCGGCUGGUUCGAGAAACGGCAAGCGCCCGACGAUAUUUUCGCCACUGACACAACACCGAGCACUGAAGCCUCAAUUUCGGCCUCCCCGAAACCGCCGGCCAGUCUAGCAAAGGCUGACACUCUCUGA